GCGAUACUGAUUCUGCAAUUACUUUGACUAGAGAUUAACUGGAAUUAUUAUUUUAUGUUUGCAGAACUCUGAUUGCGGGUCAAGGUCACUGGUGGGUCAAGGUCACUGGUGGGUCAAGGUCAGGGUGCAAGACAAUAUGACAAUGAUGGGGUUAAGACAUAGAAGUCUGAGUUUGAUUCGUCCAAGCUUUUGUUACUCUGUACAUGUAAAUGCCUUUCGUACUGAAACAGUCAAACAUAAUUCAGAUUCUGACAGUGAAAAGAAAAUGUGGAAAUGGAAAACAGUCCAGGAAAUACAGUCAUAUAAAUCUGCUAUGAAUGCAUUACAUGGUAAAAAACUCCCACCCCAUAAAGUAAGAAAAUACAAAAAGUUACUUGAUGAAAAAAUGAAAAAGGCUGAUGAUGAUAACGCAACAAAGAGAGAAUAUUCUUCCAUAAGCGCAGAUAACACCAUUGAUCCUAGUUUGUCUCAACAGCCAGCAACAGACGACAGGCCUUCCUUGGAGGAUGCUCCCAUUGGUGAUUCUGGAAAUAAUAACAGUGAUAUCAAUUUCACCAAUUGGAUUAACUUGAUAAAGUUCUACCCACUUGUAAAUGAAUCCACCGCACCUGAGGAAACACUACCAUAUAAGGAAAUACAUCAUAAACUUCCGAGUGUCAGUAAGAUUAUCAAUGACACAAUGUCGGCCCAAAGUCGAUAUAAUCUCAAACAGUGGGAGAAAAAAAUGAUCGCUCAGUUAGGAGAGGAAGGAUUUAAGGAGUAUAAAAGUACAAUUUUUAGAAAUGGUCAUAAUUUUCAUAGCUCUAUCGAAAGUCUGAUGAAUGGCACUCCAGAAUCUGAUAUAGAAGUUCUCGAAGCAAACCAAGGACAUUGGGAAAGCCUGCGUCAUGUUUUUCCAAAUAUCGAUGAUGUCGUUAAGACGGAAUGCCAUGUGACACAUCCUAUUCUUCAAUACCAUGGGAUUUUUGACUGUGUUGCCAAGUAUAAGGGAACUCUUUGUUUAAUCGAUUGGAAAACAUCUAAGAAAGCAAAACCUCAGUUACGUGAUACAUUUGAUAAUCCGCUCCAGAUUGUAGCGUAUGUUGGAGCAGUGAACUUUGACCCUAAUUAUCUCAUUAAUAUUCAUGAGGGUUUAUUGGUGGUAGCUAAUGAAGAUGGGAAACCAGCAAAUGUUCACCAGAUGUCUCUGAAGGUCUGCCAUGACUACUGGAAUGAGUGGAUAAAACGACUGAAGAAAUUUUAUGCCUUAGAUAAAUGAACCAAACUGCUCAUUUUUGACUGUUUCUGAAUAUUAUAAGUGUUAACAAAAUGAUAUAUACAUCUUUUAUUGACUGUUUGAUGUUAUCGCAAUAAUAAGCUCCACAAUGAAACAAGGGUCCAAUGUAAUAUUCACCUAGCUUACGCCAGAAAACAAAACUUGUAAAAUUACACUGAUUUUCAAAUAGCAUGCUCAUUUGUUAUUUUAUGUUUAAAUAAUGCCAAUGUAGUCUUGCCUCACAACCCCCAAAUACUUCAACUAUAGGUCCGUUUUAAAUAAGGGGGGGGGGGUUGUCCUGGGUCUUGAGACAAGACUAAUACCAAUGCAUCUUAAUUACAAUUAAAAAUGUUCGGAAACUUUUAUUCAGACACCCAAGACAUUAUAUGUGAAAACCUGGUAAACAAUUCUCACUGUAAUUGGCAUUUUUGUAUUGGUAUCAGCAUCUGUAACACAUGAUCAUACUUUUGUUAUGGCAGCCAGGUGGUUCUUUUCCUAUUUAAUUGUACAUUGACAGCACCCAGUAUAUGAAUUCAUUGUGGAAUCCUAUCCUGGCUUUUACCAGAUGGUUUUCAUACUGUUGUUUAAGGAUUUAAGCCUUGGACUCAGUGCAUUGUGUGCUGAACCAUUCCACAAAAAUGUUGUUUCCAAAUCUUUGCAUGAUCCCGCAGCGGAAUGCAAAGUUUAGGAAACAACAUCUGAGUGGAAUGAAGCAGCCACAAUGCAUUGAGUCUUGGGCUUAAAUUCUUUUCACACAUUGCAAAAUAUUUUCUAUAAAAUUGGCUAAAAGAUACAAAAUACCUAAAAGAACAUAUUUUUGAUGAAACCUUUUGCAACGGUCAAGUAAUGGAGAACUCAAUUUCAAUCUCAAUCGCUUAGCAACUGUACACAACAAAUACGUUAUUGAUAUUUCACACACUGUUCAUUAUGUGAAUACUCUGUUCGGAUUGGCUGGAAUUGGACACACCUUGCUUAGCUAUGUGUGAAAGAGUAUUUGAUUGUAAGAAAGUGAAAUAAAAUCUCAUACAAUAACUGAAAUUAACAUUUGUGUCAUUUUUGUCAUUCUUUCCUUUUAUUGCAGAAAUGGUGGCAUA